GUGCUGGCAGCUGAUUGGUUGCUGCUGAGUUUCAUUUUCCUUUCUUUCAAACACAGACGCCCCAGAUCUCAGCAGAACCGUCUGUCUCCAAACUGUGGCUGCUGGGUCUAUCAAACUGCAUGUAAGCUCCAUCCAACUCUUAGAAACAGGUACAGAACCAUGGCAGUAACAACCAGAUUGUCAUGGAAUGAGGAGAGAAGCCUACAAAAGCUGCUUGGAAACGUUUCCUUGAGACUUCUUUCUAAGUCUAGUGUCCACGAACAUUUGUUUAAUAAUUGCCAGCUUCAGGGAUCUACUAUAACAGUAGUUUACUUUUCUAAUAUUAUUAUUGGGGUCUUUAUACCUGGGCAUUAUCCUAUAGCCACAGAGUUGAGCGAGCCAAUAUCCUCCUUCUGUUUUUCAUUUCAAAGACAUAAAGCUACAGAAAUGACAACUGUAGUUCUAGAGGCAGAAGUGAAAAUUAUUUCUGGGGAACUGAUAUUUUGUUCCUUUGAUCAAAAGAUGCUCAGUAUAGAUCCAAGCAAAGCCAAACUUUCUAUGCAUCGUUCACUAAGCUCCAAAUUAAAAAUGUUCUACUCUGGCAACACAUUUUGUGAAUGUGAAGUUUUUCGAGUCGAAGGAAUUAAGGAUGACACCACCUAUGUGAGCAAGGUGACAAGAGCUGCGAAGCACAUGAAUCAACUUCUGGAGGAACUCAGAGCCUUCAAGCCCAAUGUAGACUUGAUUUCAGAAAUUCGUAUUCUCUUGCUGGGGCCAGUUGGAUCUGGAAAGUCCAGUUUUAUUAAUUCAGUGAGGUCUGCUUUCCAAGGCCGUCUGACUCGCCAAGCCAUAGUGGGGUCUGAUGACACCAGCAUUACUGAACAGUACAGAACAUAUUCUGUUAAAGAUGGGAACGAUGGCAAAUCUCUGGCAUUUAGGUUGUGUGACUCCAUGGGGCUACAUGAGAAAGAGGGAGUAGGAUUGUGUAUGGAUGACAUACCCCACAUCUUAAAAGGCUGUGUGCCAGACAGAUACGAGUUUAGCCCUCAUAAACCAAUUACACCCUAUGAUCCUGCCUUCAUCACCUCUCCAUCAUUGAAGGACAGGAUUCACUGUGUGGCUUAUGUCUUAGAUAUCAAGUCUAUCAGCAAUCUCUCCUCUAAGAUGGUGGCAAAGUUCAAACAAAUUCAAAAAGAGGUCUUAAAGUGUGGUAUAGCAUGUGUGGUGUUGCUUACUAAAAUGGGUAAUUGCAGUAAAACUCUUCAAGAAAACUUUUCAAACAUGGAUAAAUCUAUGACUUCCCAAAGCCAGAUAAUACAAGUCAGCAAACUGCUAGAUAUUCCUACUUAUAAUAUCUUUAUGGUUGAAAAUUACACAUCAGAGUUGGAGCUGGACCCUUUUAAGGACACUCUGAUCCUCUUUGUGCUGAGGCAGAUGUUACGCCUAGUGAAUGACAUGUUAGAGGAUAUGCCUCUUGAGGAAACAGAGGGGAAGACUGGAAAAGAAUGAAAUUCCGGAGACAAGAAAUGGACAUAAAGGAGGGAGAAUGUUUCACUUAUCUCUGGAUGAAGAUAUGAAUUGAAGCGAAUUAAAAAAGCAAAUAUUUCUUAAGGACUUACAUGUUAUUUCUGUGAAAAAAAUAAAAUUUCUUCCUUUAGUGCACUCAUGCCCCAUUU